UGAUUUAUCUAAAGUUACAAUGAAGUUAUUGAGUGGACAUCUUUUUUUCUUUAUAAUUGCCUUCUCAUCAGUGUCAUCUUCACGUGUCUUGGAAUUAAGUGAUAAAUUUAUCGAUUUAAGCGGCGAUGGAAUGUGGUUUGUAAAGUUCUAUGCUCCAUGGUGUGCGCAUUGUCGGCGUUUGGAACCAAUAUGGGCACAUGUAGCCCAGUCUUUGUACAAUACCGCGAUUAAAGUGGCAAAAGUGGAUUGUACACGUUUUCCAACAGUAGCUACUCACUAUAAAGUGAGGGCUUACCCAACAAUAAUGUUCAUUAAGGGAUCACUUCAACAUGAGUAUACCGGUGAAAGGGAGAAAGAUGAUAUGGUUAAGUAUGCCAUGAGGAUGGCUCAGCCAGCUGUUCAGAGAGUCACACAUGCAGAUAGCAUUGGAUAUUUAAAAGAAUCUCACAAUAUCUUUUUUGGUUAUGUUGGAAAGACGGAGGGAAUUUUAUGGGAAAUGUUUGCUCUUCAUGCUGAAAAAUAUCAACCUCAUACCUGGUUUUAUGUUAUGUCUAAAGAUGUGAUUAAAAAUGAGAUAGAUGGCCCACAUAAUGAGACUGCUGUAUUUGUUUAUAAAGAGGAUGGAGUAUACUUAUUUGAUGCUUCUGAAGAUCUGCUUAGGGACCAAGAAGCUUUGAACACAACCUUAGAUAAAUGGAUCAAUACUGAACGGUUUGGAUUUUUCCCAAAAAUAACCAGAGCUAACAUUAACCACUUUAUGGACAUUAACAAAUACAUAGUGAUAGCAAUAGUGUCUGAGAACAAGCUUGGGGAAAUAACACAAACUGAGAGAGAUUUUAAGGAUAUGAUUGAAAGUAUUAUUCGAAAGAAGAAAUCUGAACUUCACGAGAAUUUCCAAUUUGGAUGGAUGGGAACUCCAGAGUUGGCAAAUUCUAUUGCCAUGUCUGACUUGACAGUUCCCCAUUUGCUGGUGUUGAACUCUACCACAAGCCAUCAUCACAUUCCUGACGAUGACCCUGUCCUGAUGACACCCGAAGCUGUUGUAUGGUUCCUCGAACAGAUAUACAACCAGCAGGCGCCUACAUAUGGUGGUGACUAUUGGCUGAUCCGCUUGUACCGAGCAUUCUACGAGGCGCGGACAACGCUGGGCAGCAUGUGGCGCGGCAAUCCCGUGCUCACCGCGCUCGUCUUCGGCCUGCCGCUCGGCUUUCUUUCUCUCAUCUGCUAUUCCGUCUUCUGCUCGGACAUCCUCGAUUCCGAUGAAGAUGAAGAGAUCGAAUCCCACGAAAAGAAGGACUAAGUCGCCGAAUAUAAAUUUUAACAAUUAAAAUUAGUCGAAAAAUUUGAAGCCCCGAAA